AUGGCAGAGACUGCGCAGGACGACAUGUCUCUGGAGGAAGACAUCUGGGUGUUCCUCCUGGAUCUUAGCCGCGUCCCCAUGGAGGCCAUAGCCUGCUGCCAUGAGUCUGAAGUGACUCUGCGCGAAGACUUCCCGUCUCCCCAGCUGCCAGAGCCUGGUGCCUGCGGAGCCUGCGGAAGAGACAGAUCCAUGGCAGGCCUCGUUUCCUGUGGUUUUCAAUUCAACGAGACAGAAACCACGUUCAUGGUUGUGUGGGUUGCUCCCAUGAUCCCCGAUGGAUCUUGGAAGCGCCUGGCAAGGGAGAUGUGGGAGCGGAAGCCGCAGGAGCAAGAGGAGCCGAAGAAGGAAGAGGCCAAGCAGAAUUGGUGGGAAGACAAGGACUGGAAUGGACAGAAGUAUCGAGAUCGAGACACCGGCUGGGGUCGAUAUGGCAACCAGCGAUGGGACAAUCACAGGAAAGACAGGCGGCGUGACUGGUGGCCUCGGAAGGAUUGGCAGCAGUCUGAGCCAACGAGCCAUUCUGCCGGCAGGGGAGACUUCUGGGGCGAUUCUUAA